AUGGACCCGACAGCAGCACUUCGAAUCCAGCCACGGGCUGGCCACACCAGUGGCACAACGCGCUGCGCGUACACCGCCGAUGGCAGCCGCCUGGUCACCGCCGGCUCCAACAACCUGAUCCGCAUGUACAAGACCGGAUCCGAUGGCGAGCCGACCAACAUUGAUGACUGUCAGGAGAACAAUAUCGCCCUGGCCGCAGCAAGCAGCACCUUUGUCGUGGCGGCCGAGGAUGGGACCGUGAGCUUGUACAACAUUGCCGAUGCCAGCUUCGACAAGUUUGUCACGCGCUCGACACUUCCGGUCAGGGACGUAGCCAUGUCACCCGAUGGGAAAUACGUCGCUGUGGCGGGCGACGAGCUCAGCGUUAAGGUGGUGGAUACAGAGGACAUCACCCAGGUGCGAUACCUGAGGGAGCAUGCUCGCGCAACGAGAGGCGUCAGCUUUGACCCCGCGGGGCGUCUCCUCACACUGUCCGGGACAGAUGGUAUUAUCUAUGUCUACUCGCUGACAUCAGAGUCUCCCGAGCUCAUUCGAAAGGUGGAUGGGGUCAUUGCUGCCAUUGACGGCGACUCGGACGUUUCGACCAAAGCAGUCUGGCACCCCGACGGACGAGCGUUCGCUGCCGUCACGGCGACCAAGGAUAUCCAGGUGGUGUCGAAGAAUGACUGGGAGAAGCAGAGGGUGUUUGCGAAUGGCCACUUGUCCGAUAUCACAGCUUUGGCAUGGUCACCCAAUGGCGCACUGCUGGCAUCGGCGAGCAAGGACGGCAAGCUGCUCGUUUGGGAGACCAAGACACAGAGCGUCGUGGCACGGUACGACUAUUCCAACGUCGUUGAUCUGGCGUGGCACCCCACCAGGAACAUUGCCUCCUUCACAACCACGGACGGCGAGGUCUACAUCCAUACAGACUUUGUGAACGACCAGUUUGCGUCUUUGCUCAGGCUCCCGAAACAACCUGCCCCCUUCAUUCACGACCCCCUCGCAGAGACCUCGGCCAACAGAAGGCCUGCACCGGUCAAUGGGAAGAGGCAAGAAAUCCCCUCGAGACCAAGACGCGAGUCCCUCGGAAGCCUCGAUUCCUUUCUGGGCGGCGCAGACGGAGAAGAUGAUGACUUUGUGGUCGACGAUGACGGCGCCGGCUACACCACCGCAGGCUUGAAAAGGGGUCACGAGGGUGAUGAGAAUGGCGAGCAUACACGCAAGCGCCAGCACAUUGAACCCAUAUACCACGAAGCGUUCCAACCAGGAUCAACGCCCUGGCGAGGCAAUCGAAAGUACCUCUGCCUGAACCUAAUUGGCUUCGUGUGGACCAUAGACCAAGACUCGCACCACACCGUCACAGUCGAGUUUUACGACCAUGAUUUCCAGCGCGACUUCCAUUUCACCGACACCUUCCUCUACGACAAGGCCUGUCUCAACGAGCACGGCACACUCUUCUCAUGUCCACCAAAGGGCGAUAAGCCAGCCACCAUCUUUUACCGCCCCCAUGAAACAUGGACGCAACGCUCGGACUGGAGGACGGAGUUGCCCGCGGGAGAAGCCAUCACCGCCAUGUCACUGAGCGAAUCGUUCAUCACAGUCACGACCAAUGCAAACUACGUUCGCGUAUUCACGCUCUUCGGAAUGCCUUAUCGCGUCUACCGUCCAAAGAGCUCACCCAUGGUGACCUGCGCGAGCUACAGGGACUAUGUCCUCACGAUGGGCAACGGGCCUGUUGGGGCUGAUGGCAGCGCGAGGUUGCUAUACACCAUUGAGAACGUCAAACGAGACGAGAUCUGCCAGAACGAAGACACGGUAGCGCUGCCCGAGGGCGCAACGGUGAAGAGUGUCUUCUUCUCCGACAGUGGGGACCCUUGCAUAUACGACUCGACAGGCACGCUGCUCACGCUGCUGCAUUGGCGGAAACCCUCGCGCGCCUGCUGGGUGCCUCUGCUCGACACGAAGCUCCUGUCCCGCCUGGCGUCGGGUCGAAAGAGCGAGAACUACUACCCCGUGGCGGUGGCUGACGACAAGUUCCACUGCAUCAUUCUCAAGGGCGGCGACCAGUACCCCUACUUCCCACGACCACUGCUGUCCGAGUUUGACUUUUCGAUCCCCAUCGCAUCGGCACCAAAGCCAAAGGAGAAGAAACGGCGCAAUCCGGACGACGAGGAUGCUGAGAUGGAGGAUUCCCCAUCCGACGAGGACGACGACGGAGACGAUAGCGCCGCGGCGGAAUUGCGGAAGCUUGAGCAGGCGUAUAUGCUCAAGGGCGUCCAGGCCGCCCAACUACGUGAUCUCAUCGACGGCACGUCGAGUACCCACACGCAGCGCUCUGCACUCUCGCGACUGGAGCUCGAGAUUGACAAGACCCUCCUGCAGCUCCUGGCAGGCGAGUGUCGCGAGGGCGAAGAGCGCGGGAUGCGCGCCCUGGAGAUGGUGCAGUUGAUGCGCGACCGCACUGGACGAAUGUUUGAGGCCGCAGGCAAGGUCGCCGACCGGUAUGGACGCACCAUCCUCGGGGACAAGAUUCGCGAGGUGGCAGAGAGGAAGGCCGAGGGCCGCGAUGAGGAUGAUUUCUAG